AUGCAGAACGAGUGGUUAGACAUAGGAGAUUUUUGCAUCCCAUUAGCAUUAAAAUGGCGCACUUUAAUUUAUGAUUGGUCGCCAGCAUUGCUAAAAUUCUAUCUCAAUGCGUUCCAGAUGACUCUCCCAGAUCAGAGUAAUUUAGUAAGAUGGGGUAAAAGUACCGAAAAAACUUGCUAUAUCUGUGGAAAGGCAGUUGGAACUGCUAAGCAUCUGCUGGUGGGAUGUAAGGUACUCCUGGACAGCGGUCAAUACUCGCGUCGUCACGAUAGGGUUCUAGAAGUCAUACGUUUUGUGAGAGAAGGCACUAGGGCUACAAAAUCAAACGUCAAGCCUUACUCCAUCCUUAAAGCGGCGUCGGAUUGGACUAUAAUGAUGGACACGUAUGAAAAGCAAUAUAAAAUCCCCGAGGAUAUUUGUGCGUCGGUCUCCAGACCGGAUAUAUUUUUGUUUUCGCGAAUUCUAAAGCGCGUAGUGAUGAUAGAGCUUACGGUCCCUUGGGAAACCAACAUCCCCAAAGACCAUACCAUCAAGGUCAACAAAUAUUACGAGCUCACAAACGAACUCACUCGAAAUAGGUUCGUAGUAGAUUUGUACGCGGUAGAGGUGGGAGCGAGAGGUAUAACAGCGAAAUCUCUCUACAACCUACUAAAGGACUUGGGCUUGUCCAGAACUCACAUUAAUGCAUUCUUGGAACGUAUAUCGAAGGCAGCCCUAGUAGGUUCUUUUCAAAUUUGGUUAGGUAGGGAGAGGAGCUUGGACAGUGGAGGUGAGCGUAUAACGCGCGUUAGUUAA